AUGCUUUCCACGAAAGUCACUGGUCAAAUCGCUGUGGUCCCUAGAGCCGACCUGUCUGUUGCAUCCGGACCACAGGGACAGUUCAAGGUUCAUCUAGGCUUGAUAUUGGACAUUCCAAGCCUGGCUGGAGGGAAACCCGACUACGGCAAAAGGUUGAACAAGUACCUUCCGAUACCAGAGUCAGAAGAAAACCUACAAUUGUCCUCGUGA